AAACGACUAUUCAACAUUUCGGCCCCGGUCAUGUCUUGCUCCGCUCUGCACGACAAAGAACAGGCCAACGCUGUCCGUGCUGGCGCCAGUUGCAGUGGACUUACAAUGAAAAUGUAUUCAAGGGAUGCUGUGUACCUGAAUAGGUUAACUACAGAAGAUGGACGGAGACAGCUCGACCACCGAUGCCUCCCAGCUGGGCAUCACCGGAGAGUACAUGGCAUCUGGUCACUACGUUCUCCAAUCUCAAGAUGAUGAUGGAGAGGAGAAUCUGAAUGACCAUGAUGACAGUGGUAUCAAAGAGAACUUCAGGGAGCAGGACAUCUAUCUUCCAAUUGCCAACGUGGCUCGCAUUAUGAAGAAUGCUGUUCCUCAGACUGGAAAGAUUGCAAAAGAUGCCAAGGAGUGCGUGCAGGAGUGUGUGAGCGAGUUCAUCAGCUUCAUCACAUCAGAGGCUAGCGAGCGCUGCCAUCAGGAGAAGAGGAAGACCAUCAACGGGGAGGACAUCCUGUUCGCCAUGUCAACGUUGGGCUUCGACAUGUAUGUGGAACCACUGAAGCUUUACCUGCAGAAGUUCAGAGAGGCCAUGAAGGGAGAGAAGGGGAUUCCUGGAGUGGCAGUGGGAGAAGGCCUGGGGGAUGAUCUCACAGACGAUAGCUUCACAAAUCCACUGCCAGCUGGGAUCAUCACAGCAGACGGCCAGCAGCAGAACGUCAUGGUGUACACCACCUCAUAUCAACAGAUUCCAACUGUACAACAGAUCCAGUUUUCAUGACGAGGCCGAACACUGCGGCUCCUUACCAGGCCCGCCCACGCCUGAUGACCUCUGAAGCCACCACAGUCUCAAGGUUAUCAGAUGGACAGGGAGGAGGGGGUGACAUCUGCAGAAACCCUCAUGUACAGAGAAAUCACUACCUAAUGAGUAGAAAGUGUAGUUUCUAGUUGUGAGGUACCAAAUGUUUUGGAGUGCAUCCAAACCAGCUGGAAAAUUAAGGCUUUAUUUUAAAGGCUAGUCUUAUUACAUGAUUUAGUGGUGGAAUACUUCCUGUGUGUGUGUGUGUGUGUGUUGAUUUGUUUGCUUUUAUGCAUUUCUUUCUUUUGAGGCGGUGGUGGGGGGAUUAUGGGAAGUGUUGUAUGGCAUGUUUAUUUUUUAGGCCCUUCUCUGUUUGAAAGGAGAGAAGCCGCAUUGUUAGUGUUGCGUCAGAUCAUGCAGCUCUUUUGUAAGUUAAUACAAUUUACCAUGUUCAUUAAUGUUGUCACUCUUUAAAUAAAAAGUCAGAAGU